UCGCAUUAAAAUCUUUACAUCAAAACUGGAUUAUAACAGAUCCGUUGAUAUUGGCACUCAGCAGGAAAACAACUCGGGGGUAACCAACAAAAUGGUAAAACGCACCGACGGCACUGAAUCUCCCAUACUGGCUGAAGACGGUGGCGAUGGACAUGACAAACCGCGAUUGCGCUACGGGGAACUAGUGAUACUCGGCUACAAUGGUUACUUGCCACAGGGAGAUCGCGGACGGCGACGCUCCAAGUUCGUGCUGCACAAGCGGACGGAGGCGAGCGGCGUCAAGCGGUCCAAACACUACAUCGUCCAAUCGCCACAGACCUCGAAGGCCAUACUGGAUGCCAACCAGCAUUCAAUCUCGUACACACUGUCGCGCAACCAGGCGGUAAUCGUCGAGUACAAGGAGGAUGCGGAAACGGACAUGUUUCAGGUGGGACGCUCCUCGGAGUCACCGAUUGACUUUGUGGUGAUGGACACGCUGCCCGGCGACAAGAAGGAUGCCAAGGUGAUGCAGAGCACCAUUUCUCGCUUCGCCUGCCGCAUUCUGGUCAACCGCUGUGAGCCUGCCAAGGCGAGAAUAUUCGCCGCCGGCUUCGAUUCGAGCAGAAACAUAUUCCUUGGGGAGAAGGCCACCAAGUGGCAGGACAAUGUGGAAAUCGAUGGUCUGACCACCAACGGCGUGCUGAUUAUGCACCCCAAGGGCUCCUUCUGUGGCGGCAAUGCCAAGUGCGGCCUCUGGCGCGAGUGCUCCGUGGGCGGCGAUGUCUUCAGCCUGCGCGAGUCGCGUUCGGCCCAGCAAAAGGGUCAGCCCAUCUAUGACGAAUGCAACAUCCUGCAGGAUGGCACACUUAUUGAUCUCUGCGGCGCAACCUUGCUCUGGCGUUCCGCCGAGGGCUUGCAACAUUCGCCGACCAAACACGAUUUGGAGAAACUUAUCGAUGCCAUUAAUGCCGGUCGUCCACAGUGCCCGGUGGGCCUGAACACACUGGUUAUACCACGCAAAGUUAACAUUGGGGAUCAGGUGAACCAGCCUUACGUGUACUUAAACUGCGGCCACGUCCAGGGCCAUCACGAUUGGGGUCAGGACGAGAACACCGGGGCCCGCCGCUGUCCCAUGUGCCUGGAACUCGGCCCGGUGGUCACGCUGUGCAUGGGUCUGGAACCGGCCUUCUAUGUGGACGUGGGCGCUCCGACGUACGCAUUCAAUCCAUGCGGACACAUGGCGACUGAGAAAACUGUCAAAUACUGGGCAAAUGUGGAGAUACCGCACGGCACCAACGGAUUUCAGGCCGUCUGUCCCUUCUGUGCGACGCCCUUGGAUGGUGCGACCGGCUACAUUAAAUUAAUAUUCCAGGAUAAUCUAGAUUAAAUAUAAAUAUAAUGGAUUGUAUUUACGUCUAUAUAGAUACUGUAGUAAUUGAAAGAUGUCCAAGUUUGAAGCAGGCAUUAAAACUAGGCUUUAUUUAUUAUCAUUAAUUAACAUUAAAAGGCAACAGAAAAUACUGAAUACUGAAA